AUCAUCCAGCUAGAAUGCAUACAUUCCUCCCACGACCGCUCCAAUCGGCUGGCAGGAGAGUCCGGCCCGUCUGAUUCCACAGUGUGGCGGCCGCGAGACACUGUAAAGAGGGGCUGCAAGAUGGCCCAAAAGCUCCUCCUCAGGCCAUUCCUCUCCAUCCCUGCCAAGCAGCUCUCUGGACCCCUCCGUUCACAGCCACCUUUGCUUCUCUGCCGGGUUUCGGCUGCGCCCUGCAAUCUCACCUGGCGCCUGCCCAUCCCCUUCACUACUGUGCCUGCAACUACUAGGACAUUUUCUACUACUUUGGUCUUCAGGCACACCUUUAACAUCCAGGAUGGGGAUGACUUCCAAGACAGAGUUCUGAAGAGUGAGAAGCCGGUGGUGAUUGAUUUCCAUGCCCAGUGGUGCGGUCCCUGCAAGAUCUUGGGCCCCAGGCUAGAAAAGAUCGUGGCCAAACAGAAGGGGAAGGUGUUGAUGGCAAAAGUAGACAUUGACGACCACACAGACUUAGCCAUUGAAUACGAGGUUUCAGCAGUGCCCACAGUCCUGGCUAUGAAGAACGGCGAUGUGGUGGAUAAGUUUGUAGGGAUAAAAGAUGAGGAUCAGCUGGAAGCCUUCCUCAAGAAACUUAUGGGACCUUGAGCAACCCAGGACAAGUGUGUGAAUAUGCCCCAGGACUCUUUCCCCUUUUUGUUUUUAAGCCUAGUUCCUUGGGAGGAGAUGAGGGACAGUGGAACUGCCUUGGAGCAGUUGGGCUAGUGUCUGGUUUUGGGAGGGAACAAGCUGCACCAUUCUAGCUCAGCUGGGGACAAACAGCCAUGGUUCUGAGCUUGAUGGGAAGGCUGGUUACUCCGUGGGAGAAGAGGAAUAGAGCCUGCUGCCUGCCAGCAAAUAGCCAUGGCAAGAAAUGGAAGACUCCCAACAAAGACAGGGGAGAAGCUUCCCUCAUCCUGCUCCAGUCCAGAUCCUGUACAAUUAACAGCUGCUGCCCAUGAGAGAUGGUGGCAGACUUUCUUAGAAAAACCAGUUCCCCUGCUACCUCUCUCCAGUCUGUGUUCUUUCCCACCCUCUCUGUCCAGGGGUACUUUUUAAUCAUGCGGCUCUCUUUGGCCACUGCUGCAACACACACCCCUCCCUGUGCGCUGCUGUUCAUAAACCAAAUGAAGAGAAACAUUGUUUGGAAUCUUCUCUCCCCCCCCCUUUUUUGUAGAUCUGUAAUAAAGACAGCUUUAGUAA